AUGGAGACGCGCGCGGACGCCGCGCCGGCGGAAACGGCGGCGCCGGUCGAACGGCGCGCGAGCGUCGUCGAGGGAUGGGACGAGGCGCGCGCGCCGACGCCGGGCACGGCGUUUUGGAACGCGAUGCCGCGGGCGACGAGAGCGGACGCUCGAGAAGCGGAAGUGACGAAGACGACGUCGCCGUUGCGCGUGGUGCACAUCACCGCCGAGUUGGCGCCCAUCGCCAAGGUUGGCGGUUUGGGCGACGUCGUCGAAGGACUGGCGCGCGCGCACGGGAAGAUGGGACACGCGGUGACUGUGAUUCUUCCAUUUUACUCGUGUUUACCGACGGACAAGAUCGACGGCUUGACGCACGUGAUGGAUUACGACGUCACCAAGGGUCGUUAUCAAGACGGCGAGACGCGAUAUUUCAACUUUCGCACGACGGCGAUGCGAGGGCGAGUGAACGGCAUCGACGUGAUACUUCUCAAGCCACACGACGACGAGCGCUCGAAUAUAUUUCAAGGUUCGAAGAUUUACGGCGGAUCGUACGAUGAACGUGAGGCGUACUUGUACUUUUGUCGCGCGGCGCGCGAAUUUUUAAUCGCCUCUGGUGAGAAUCCAAACAUCAUUCACUGUCACGAGUGGCAAGCGUGCGGAUUUCCUAUGAUCUUUUGGGGACUUCGCGAUGCGUACGGGCAAGACUGCGACGGUAUGUCCAACGCGAAAAUCAUGCUGACGAUUCAUAACUUGGACUCCAACGGCGAAGCGAGACAGGAAGAGUUCUGCGCCACGGGCGUGGACGCCUCCAUGUUCGCCACCGUCGACAAGGCUUUGGACGAACGCACCAUCGGGCACAACCCAGAAAGGCUUUGCUUGCUCAAGGGGGGCAUCGUGUAUUCGAAUCACGUCACCACGGUGUCUCCGACGUACGCGACGGAAAUUCUCGCCGGCGGUGGCGGAUUCACGGGGAAGAAUCUCGUUGGAAACAAGCACAAGUUUAGCGGGAUUCUCAACGGAAUCGAUCCGGAGAGUUGGACCCCGAGCGACGAUCCGUUCAUACCGUACGGCUAUGACUCUACCAACGUCAAGUCGCAAAAGGCGUUGUGCAAAAAGUAUCUGCAGCGCGGAUUAGGUAUGAAGGAAGACCCCGACGCGCCGCUGGUCGUGUGCGUGUCGCGCCUCGUGCCGCAAAAGGGAGUAAAUCUCAUCGAGCAAGCGAUUCGCACGACGCGCUUUAACGGCGGUCAAUUCGUGCUUCUCGGCACCGGCCAUUCAGACGGCGUUUUCCGCAAAAUGGCUGAAACGGAAGAGUUCGGAGAAAAUUCCGACUCGACGCGGCUUAUGCUCAUGUACAGCGACGCAUUGAGCCAUUUACUCUACGCCGCAGCGGACAUUGUCAUCGUGCCCUCGAUGUUCGAGCCGUGCGGACUUACGCAAAUGAUCGCGUUGCGCUACGCCGCACUUCCGCUCGUCCGUCGCACGGGCGGUCUCGCGGAUACCGUAUUCGACAUCGAUGACGCUUCGAUCGACGAAAACGAACGAAACGGUUUCGUGUUUGAUGGCACGGGUGCUGAAGACAUCGACGUCGCGCUCUCGCGAGCAUUCAAUCUGUACAAAUCCAAACGCUCCACGUUUGAGGAGUACCAGAAGCGCGCGAUGAACGUCGACAACACGUGGACGGAACCGGCUCAGUCAUAUAUUGACCUUUACAGAACGCUUUAAAAGCGCGG